AUGUCCAUUCCCCCUGAGGGCAAGAAGUCGAAAUCUGAUGUUGUCAAACGAGUUCCUCAUUCAAAACCACCGUUCACACUUGGCGACAUCAAGAAAGCCAUCCCGCCCCAUUGUUUCCAGCGAUCCGUUCUCCGUUCUUUCUCCUACGUUGUUUAUGACCUAACGAUCGCCUCUCUCUUCUACUAUGUUGCUUCCACUUAUAUCCAGUUCCUCCCUUACCCUCUCUCCUAUUUUGGUUGUGUACUAACCGGUGUUUGGGUUGUUGCCCAUGAAUGUGGUCACCAUGCUUUUAGUGACUACCAGAGGCUAGACGACACCGUUGGCCUAAUCCUACAUUCUUUUCUCCUUGUACCAUACUUCUCGUGGAAAUACAGUCAUCGUCGCCACCACUCGAACACGGGUUCCCUUGAACGGGAUGAAGUUUUCGUACCCAAAGUCAAGUCAGGAAUCCGAUGGUUUUCCAAGUAUCUUAACAAUCUACCAGGUAGAGUUCUCAUACUCGUCUUCCAACUUACUCUAGGCUGGCCUUUAUAUUUAAUGUUCAAUGUCUCGGGGAGACAAUACGACCGUUUUGCAUGCCACUACAACCCCCAUAGUCCCAUUUACUCGGAUCGAGAACGUGCUCAAAUCCUCAUUGCUGAUGCUGGUGUUCUUGCUGUAACUUAUGGGCUUUACCGUCUUGCGGCAGUCAAAGGACUCGCUUGGGUAUUCUGCGUGUAUGGUGGUCCAUUGCUUGUGGUGAAUGGAUUCCUUGUGUUGAUAACAUAUUUACAGCAUACACAUCCGGCCCUGCCUCACUAUGACUCGUCCGAGUGGGAUUGGUUAAGGGGAGCGUUAGCCACAGUAGACAGAGACUGGGGAAUUCUGAACAAGGUAUUCCAUAACAUAACUGAUACUCAUGUAUCACACCAUUUGUUUUCAACCAUGCCACAUUAUCAUGCAAUGGAGGCAACAAAGGCAAUUAAGCCGAUAUUAGGGAAUUACUAUCAAUUCGACGGGACACCAAUUUUUAAGGCCAUGUGGAGAGAAGCGAAGGAAUGUAUUUAUGUUGAACGAGAUGAAGGUGAUCAGAACAAAGGUGUCUUCUGGUACAAUAACAAGCUUUAG